GGCCACGACAUCGACUCCGUGCGCCGAUGCCGCGAGAAGUUGGGGGAAGUAUGCACUGGUGCGCUGCAUUCGUGCUGCUUGCGACGUGGGUGAACGGUCAGGACGAUCUGUCCAAGUGGAUUGACCCCGUGACCCCGUUGGAGGGCCACCUGAUCGACGUGCCUGCCGGCCCGUACACGAUGGGCCGAUCAUCGCCCGCCAACAACACGUACCGCUUGAUCUUCUCGGACGAGUUCAACACGACAUCCCGGCUCUUUGAAGCAGGGAACGACCCGAAGUGGACCGCCCUCGAGAACCUCGAUUUGACCAACAUGGGGCAGCACUACUUUUCGCCUCAAGCGGUACAGACGGACGAAGGCAACUUGAUCAUCACCACGUCGAAACCCAAGAAAGCAUAUAAAGGCGCCAAGUACGUGAGCGGCAGUGUCCAGACGUGGAAUAAAUUUUGCUUCACGGGCGGGUAUAUCGUCAUGCGCGCGAUUCUGCCGGGCAAGUGGGGGAUUCCCGGGACUUGGCCGGCGUUCUGGCUCAUGGGAAACAUUGGGCGCGCCACCUACCUUGGAUCGCAGGACGGAACAUGGCCGUGGUCCAUGGAUACGUGCGCACCAUGGGUGAACGACUACAUGGACCAGCCGCAAAAGAUCAAUGCGUGUGGAAACUUGACGGAUGACGACGACCCGAACUCGUUGCCCGAACGGUUUGGUCUGCAUCCACGCCAGGGCCGUGGCGCGACCGAAAUCGACGUGUUUGAAGUGCAGAUCAAGAAGAAGGACGAUCCUGCGUUCAUCUCGACGUCGCUGCAGCUAGCGCCUGGCCUACACGAAAACAUGCGGCCCGAUCCCGGCACGCUGCCCCGCCCCGGCAUGUGGUAUACGAACCUGACGUACGGCAACUACACGAAGAUCAACAGCGACUACUACGGUGACGCGAACCUGGACUCGAUCUCGGCACUCACCCAGCUCGACUCGAACUCGUUUAAGAACUACCACUUGUACUCGCUCGAGUGGCUGCCGGGGGAGGACGGGUACAUUCGAUGGUGGCUGGACGGCAAUUUUCUGUACGAGAUCCAAGGCGCGGCGCUCAACAAAUGGGUGGACGGCAUCCCUCCGCGCAAAAUUCCCGUCGAGCCAAGCUACCUCAUCAUCUCAACCGCUGUGUCGGAAAAGUUUUCGCCGCCGUGCGACGGCCAACUAUGUGCGUCAUUGUGGCCAUCCAAUUUUACCAUCGACUACGUCCGCGUGUACCAAGGGCCCAAGAACAACUACACGAGCAUCGGGUGCGAUCCUCCCAAUUACCCCACCAAGGAGUGGAUAUACAAGCACCCGGUUUGGUACGGCUUGCCGUACUAUACGCCGCUCCCGGUCACCGACUACGUCCUGAGCUUCCUCGCGCUUGUCGGGAUGGUGUUCUCGGCCGUCAUGGCUGGGUUUGGCACGCGCAACGAGCACUUGGCCGCGUGCAUUGGGAGCUCGCUCGCCGCGACGUGUGCAUUCUACACGCUGUUCAACGUGGGCUUCACGGUCUGGACGAUUUUUCCGAUGGCGGUGGCGUCGCUGUGUGGCGUCGUAUUUGGUCUCCUUAGCUGCCUCCUUCCCGUCCACAGCCUUGCCGGGACGACGGCGCUGCUCCUGUCGUUGGUGCUGCACCCGUUUAUCCCGCUGCUCCUGCAUCAAGUUAUCACGCUCGUGGUGUUUAUCCUUGCGUUUUUCUUGCCGUUUUUCUCGUUCGUGGACCGCUCGAUCGUGGUGAUCGCGUCGACAUCGAUCCUCGGGGCAUGGGGCGUUGUCGGUGGCGCGUCGCGGUUUCUAAACAAUGGCCAGUUUAUGGUGGGGCUAUGGCACACGCUGUCGUUGCUCGUUUCAGGUCCGUCGACGCCGCCCGAGUUGCUGUGCAACUUGUACUGUGGCGAGCUGUACUCGACGUGGGGCGUGCUGGCCGUCAUGUCGAUCGUGCUGCAGCUCUCCACGUACAAGAAACCGUCGGGGACGCGGCCGCCGUUCAGCCCGUCUGUGGCCGGUAGCGACGGCCGCGCAUGGCCCGCGAGUGAGUCGCAUACCAACUUGUUUCACUUGCAGGAUCUGCCGGCCAAGAUGCAGCCGUUUGCCGCCAUGUCGAGUGUCGCGUCGCAAGUCGCGCGAUCGUUUGGCUUUCAAGCGGCGAGCGUCAAGAAUCAAACGGAGCACUUGCUCGUGCUCCUGGCCAACCAAACCCGGGGCGGAACGAACCCGUUUGUGAGUCUGCACACGACCAUGUUUGAAAAUUACCACCACUGGUGCCACAAGCUCCAGAUCACGCCGAUGACAGCAACGCCAUCGUCGUCACUAGACAGCCUCGCCGCCGACCUGUGUUUGCUAUUUUUCAUCUGGGGCGAAGGCAGCAACGUCCGCCACGCCCCCGAGUUUCUCAACUUUUUGUUCCACAAGAUGAAACAAGAGUUUGGCCGGCCGCACACGCGCGAGCCGGGGUACUUUUUGGACGCCGUCAUCACGCCCGUUUACAUGCUGCUCAAGGCCGAGAUGAACAAGGCGCAGGACCACGAAGAACGGCGCAACUACGACGAUUUCAACGAGUUCUUUUGGACGCGGGCGUGCCUCAAGUACGACUACAAGAGCCCGGAUGCGCACGACGCGCCGCUGCCGCCGGACGCGCCGCCAUGCAUCGCGCAAGCGUGGGCCGCGACUACGAAAACGUACUUUGAGAAGCGCCACUGGAUCACGCCGCUUCGCGCGUUCCGCCGCGUGUUUGAGUUUCACUUGGUCUCGUUUCACUUUCUCGUCGCCGUCGCGUUUGCCGACCAACUCGACUUGGACGCAUCCGCCGCGCUCCACCUGGUCUCGAGUGUGCUCCUCUCGCCGCUCUUGCUCAACAUUGUGUGGGCUGGCAUCGACCUCAUGCUCAUGUACUCGCCGCACAUGCCGUUUCCGACGUUGAUUCGCAUGGUUGUCCGCGUCAUCUUCCACCUAGGCACCACGACAAUCUGCUCGCUGCUGUACUGGUACGCCCUCGCGAGCGCGCCGUACUGGCCGCAGUUUUACACACUCACGCUGCUCGUGCAUGUCCCGUUUGCAUUCAACAGCGUGCUCCAAGUGUUGCCUGGCGUCACGAGCUGGAUCCGGCAAACAACUUAUGUCCCGGUGCAGGUCUUUCGCGACUUGGUCAGCCCGAUCAACCUGUUGUACGUCGGCGACAACGUGCUGGACUCGGCCGCCGACAGCUUGGGGUACCAAUUCUUUUGGGUGACGCUCUUGGCAUGGAAUAUGUUGUUUUCGUACAAGUUUGAGAUUGCGCCGCUCGUCAAGCCGACGCUGCUGCUAUGGGCCGACCACGUCGAGAAUCACGUCGACAUUGUCUUGACGCUGGCGCUCAUGUACAUUCAGUGGUUUCCGUUCUUUAUGAUUUUUUGCAUCGACGUGACUAUCUGGAACGCGCUCUGGGUCGCGUUCACCGGGACGUUUGUCGGGUUUCGCCUCAAGAUUGGCGAAAUUCGCAACUACGAGCGAACACGCCAAGCAUUUGUCCAUGCUGCCCAUCAGUUCAACCAGAAACUGAUCGCGGCGACGUCGAAAACCGGCGUCGAACUAGCAGCUCACGACCACACGUACGGCGCGGCGGUCGGCGGCAGUCGGUCGUACGAAGUCCUCAACGUCGUCGCGUCCCCUGUCCACACAACCGGGAACAAGCACGAUAAACAAGAGUUGACGCCGCUCCUCAGCUUUACCAGACGCAUCCCGAGCCGCCGGGAGAAGCAAGACUCGCGCCGCCGGAUGUGGACGUCGUUCGGCACCGCAUGGGAUACCGUCAUCGACAGUCUUCGCGCCGACGACUUUAUCAGCAACGCUGAAAUGGACCUCCUCAAGUUUCAGCGCAUCCCGGCGUACGAACGGCAGCUGUACGUGCCGCUGUUUCAACUCGCCGGGUGCUUUGAGCAGUUUUGCCUCCACUUGAACCAGCACGGCAACGUCAAUAGCAUGACCAUCCACGACGUCCUCGCCGCCCACCCCAUGAUGGAAGAGAGCGUUGGCGAAGUGUGGGAGCUCACCAUAUACAUCUUGAUCAACCUCCUCGGGCCCUGCCACUCGAACGACGUUCGAUUUAUCUGUGCGAUCCUGACGUCGUGGCUGGAACGAGGGAUGUACCACGGCAUCAAGUGGGAAAAGCUGGCGGCCGCUGCCGACGCCUGGUCGGACGUGCUUCAACUGCUCAAGUCGAACAUGCCGUCGUGGAAGGCACACGCCAAGCACGUACCGACUCGCAAGCAGCCUAGCGACUACAUGCAGUAUACGCAGCAGCAGCAGCAGCAGCACCCGACAUCGCAUUUGAAUUCGAUCAAGUCGAGCGCGAUGCACAAGUCGGCAUCCACGACCGGCCUGAACACGCUGUCGUCGAGCAGCAACGUCCCGCGUCGGUCGCGUGGAUCGGGCGUCGCGCGCAUCGCCGCCAUGCAGCAGAUCCAGCCUCCGACCCUACCGCACCUCAAGACGAGUAUUCCAGCCGUCCACGUCAUGCAAAUUCGCGACAAACUGCGCACGUUCUUAAACGUGGUCAAGGGCAUGUUGAGCGCCGGGAUGGACGAUCCCACCGACGUCCUCGUGAGCGAGACCAAAGCCAUGAACGACCGCCUCACGUGGAUGCUCACGCAAGAACGCGGGUUCAUGUGGGACGAUGAGUACACGGGCGAGCAGCUCACGCUGUUUGUGUUUGACUCGCACGCGUCGACGGCUGUGAGCCACGUUCGCGGGCUCUUGACGCUUCAAAAGGUGGACGCCGAGCCGAAAUCGUACGACGCGCGGCGGCGACUCCUCUUCUUUGUCAACUCGCUGUUCAUGGACAUGCCGGUCGCCCCGGUGCUGGAAGAAAUGCAGAGUUACUCGGUCAUGACGCCGUUUUACGCCGAAGACAUCAUGUACUCCAAGAGCGACUUGGAGUCCAAGCAGGACGGAUUGGACGUGCACACGCUGCUGUACUUGCAAACGCUGUACCCGAACGACUGGCAAAAUUUUCUCGAGCGCGUCGAACCGAAAAAGAACCUGUGGAAAGAUCCGAACACGGUGCAGGAGCUGCGCUUGUGGGCGUCCAUGCGAGGGCAGACACUGGCGCGGACAGUGCAAGGGCUCAUGUAUGGGGAAGCGGCCAUCCGGCUCCUCGCCGAGCUCGAAAACGUGCCGCGGCACGUGAUCGAAGACCUCGUCAAGGCCAAAUUCACGUACGUUGUCGCGUGCCAAGUGUACGGUCGUCAAAAGCGCAACAACGACCCGAAAGCCAAGGACAUUGAGUUCCUCCUCCAUCGUUUUCCCAACCUGCGCGUGAGCUACAUCGACGAAGUUCGCGUGAAUUACCAAAAGGACCUGAGCUACUUUACCGUGCUGAUCAAGGGGACGGAGACGCUGUACGAAGUCGUCGAGUGCUACCGGAUUCGCCUCCCCGGCAACCCGAUUCUGGGCGAAGGCAAGCCUGAAAAUCAAAACGCAGCCGUGAUAUUCACCCGCGGCGAGCACUUGCAAACGAUCGAUAUGAACCAAGACGGGUACCUCGAAGAAGCCCUCAAGAUGCGCAACUUGCUCGAAGAGUUUUCCGCGAGCAAGCGGCCGUGCACGAUAGUCGGGCUCCCGGAACACAUCUUUACAGGGAGCAUCAGUUCGCUCGCCAACUACAUGGCUCUCCAGGAAACGUCAUUUGUCACGCUCGGCCAGCGCACGUUGACUCGCCCGCUUCGAGUGCGCAUGCACUACGGCCACCCCGACGUGUUUAACAAGCUCUUCUUCAUGACCCGUGGCGGAUUCAGCAAAGCCAGCAAGGGGAUCAACUUGAGUGAAGAUAUCUUUGCCGGCUACAACAAUUGUUUGCGAGGUGGGACGGUCGCGUUCCCAGAGUACGUCAAGUGCGGCAAGGGUCGCGAUGUCGGGAUGCAGCAGAUCUACAAGUUUGAGGCCAAGCUCGCGCAGGGGGCGGCGGAGCAGUCGCUCAGUCGCGACGUGUACCGGCUGGCGCAUCGCCUCGAUUUUUUCAAGCUCCUGAGUUUUUACUACAAUCACGUGGGGUUCUACCUCAGCAUGAGCUUUGUCAUUUGGACGGUGUAUGUGCUGGUAUACAUCAACGUGCUGCGCGCGUUGCUCGGCGUCGAAGGCACUGGCGGCCGCGAAGCCGUGAUUCUGUCGGAGCUCCAAGUGAUGCUUGGCAGCGUCGCGUUCCUGACCACGGCGCCCAUGUUGGCCACCAUCUCGGUCGAGCGCGGGUUCAAAGCGGCGCUGUCUGAAGUGUUUAUGGUGGUCGUGACGGGUGGUCCCAUGUACUUUUUAUUCCACAUCGGGACCAAGUGGUUUUACUUUGGCCAGACGAUUCUGGCCGGCGGCGCCAAGUACCGCGCGACCGGUCGGGGCUUUGUCACCAAGCACAGCCGCUUCGACGACUUGUAUCGGUUCUACGCGUCGAGUCAUUUGUACGCGGGCUUUGAGAUCGCCGCCGCGCUCGUGCUCUACUACGCAUACACGCACACGACGCAGUACGUGGCGCUGACGUGGAGUUUGUGGCUCGUGGUGUUUUCAUGGACGUGGUCGCCGUUUUGGUUCAACCCGCUCGCGUUCGAGUGGUCGGAUGUGCUCGAGGACAUCAAGAUGUGGAUGCAAUGGAUGCGCGGCGAGGGCGGCAAUGCCAACCAGUCGUGGCUCGCAUGGUUCAAAGACGAGAAUUCGUACUUCAUCAAGCUCCGGCCGUGGGCCAAGGCGUUGGUGUUUUCAAAAGGAUUCCUCCACGCGAUCGUCGGCCUCGCGCUCUUGACGUCGGCCGACGCGUACCACUCGAUCACGGCCGAGACGUCGUACGUGCCGCUGGUCGUCAUGCUCGCGAUGGUGUCGGUCAAUCUGUUUGUGUUUAUGCUCCUCUUCCGUGGCCCGUACGAAAGCGGAUCUGUCCGCGUGCUCAAGCUCGUGUUUGUUGUUGUCGAUGUGGCGGCGCUCGUCGCGGGGUGGUCGACCAUUCCCGGCAUGAUCCCGUGCACCGUGAGUUUUUACUUUUUCAGCGCGGCGGCCGCGACGUGGAUGCUGCUCUUCUUUGGCAGCGACAACAAGCUCGCGAUCCACCUCUUCUUUGUCCACGAUUGCGUCCUGGGCAUGGCAUGCUUGAGUGUGAUUGUCGUGCUCAGCGCCAUCGUCGUGCCCGGCAAAGUCCAAACGUGGCUCCUCUACAACAACGCGCUCAGUCGCGGCGUCGUGAUCGAGGACAUUCUCCGAACCAACUCGAAACUCCACGAGAACGACGACGAUUUGACGAUGGUCCACAUGAAGAAGAUCAUCCUCGAGCAGCAACGCGUCAUCGCGGCGCUCACGAACGGGUCGGACAGCGACACAAGCGACAAGACGAGUACUGCCACCGGCGGUCUCAAGGAACUCAGCCGCACGCACGUGAGCGACACGGACCUGUCGGAACUCAAGGACGCGUCCGCCAAGCUCCAGCAGAUGCUAAACACGCAGCAGGAACAAAAGGACCCCCACGUCGCGGUCCCAUUCCAGCGCGUCCGCCGCGCCAACUCGUCCGACUUUCACGCGAGCAAGCUCGUGCCACAACAGCAGCAGCCACUCCAAUUUGGCGGCAUCCUGUCCAAGCAACCGUAACAACGAUCGUCAUGGACGGAGUGGCGUUCGUACAAGAGUAGUGAUAGAUAGUUCAUGACAUGGCACAUGUGGUCGAUCAUGUGUGUGUGUGGGGGGAUGAACCGGUGCCGCACACAAAAAAGUGCCGUGGCGGCGGACCUCCAGGCAAACGCUGCCAGCACGACUCAUGCAUCAGGAAAGAGGCGACGUGUUCUGCGAUGUCAUGCAGCCCUCGGUCGUCCACGGCACUGCCAAAACCCCCUCCAUCAUCCUGUCUCGCCAGCAGAUUCUUUAAACGUUAGAUCGAUGGGUGAAUGACGAGUCGUU